AUGUCUGGUAUCGAUUAUCAUCCUUUGCUCGAGCAACUAGCUCUGUUUUACUCGUCUUUCAACGCCAGCAUUGCUGCCUUAGGCUCCUCGUUGAUAGGCCCCAGGUGUUUCCACAGACUCUUUGAGCAGUUGGACUGGGAGUCGCCAGAGUCGCUUGUGUGCAUCAACACAGUCUACGUGCUGUUCUUGAACGUCUUGAUCUUGUUUUUGCUGGGGGUGGCCAAGUUCCCUGAGAUCCAGAACAUCAUAAGGCAUGGGAGAGACUCUAGGAACUUGAAGCAGUUCUCCUUCACCAGUCUCUUCUUGGAGGUUGUAGACUUGACCAUCAUUUCCUCGCUUAAUUUCCGAGUUGGCAUCGACUUCAACAAGUUUGGCGAGUUCAUUUUCAUCAUCAUCCAGGACCUAAUUCUUCUCAUUUUCAAGCUAGGCUACGAAGGGUAUGGCAGAUUCAUCAAUUUGAUUCUCAGUCUUGUUGGAUUGUUUGCCUACAUAUCCUUCAGCGAUCCUACUGGAAACAUCAACAACCCAUUUCCAAUUAUCUUGAGCAACAACUUGGUCUUGCUCUUGAAUGAUAAGGUUGUUUUGCCUGUUCUAGCUGUAUCAAAGGCAUUUCAAAUUUACAAGAUUUACCAAGUUUUCACUGCCAAUAAGGAAAAAUCUAUCGAGGACAACAUUAAAGAUAUCAAAACUGGGUUAUCGAGAACAAGUGUUAUGUUGUCCCUUAUUGGUUCGAUCUUGAGAUAUGGUAUGAUAAAGGAUAAUUUGCAAACAGUUAAUUUCUUUUCAAUCAAUAUCUUUCUCACCUUCUUGCUAUACAUUGAAAUUGCCUAUUUUCAAAGAAGUUUCGUCAAGACUUUACCCAAAGAUAGAGCUAAGAAAAACAACUAA